AUGCUCUCGUGCACGACACUCAUGUUCAACUACAACAAUGACUUUGUAGCCGCAACAACAAAGGUUGGCUUGAACUAUGAUGUCCUUAACGCCUUUCGAGGGAACCGCAAUAUUGGAGUCGUUGUAGGAGUUAAGAACCAAGAUUUACAGGCUCUUGCGGUCCGCAACGAGGCUAUUAGUACAUGGUUCAUGACAAACAUUGAGCCUUACUUAGCUGACUCUCUUACCAACCUCGUCAAGUCGAGGAGUCUCCCAGUCUUAAUCAGCACGACGGUUGCUAUGACCAACCUUGGCCAGUCCUAUUCACCUUCCACCGCAGAUUUCACACCCCAAGCACACACAAUCAUGGUCCAAGACGGGUCAUUGGGUUAUUCAAACAUGUUUGAUGUGAUAUUUGAUGCGUUUGUGUGGGCAAUGGAGAAAGAAGGUGUGAAAGAUUUACCCAUGGUAGUAGCAGAGACUGGAUGGCCUUCUGCCGGUAACAGGAACUUAACAACACCAUAUAUCGCGUCUAGAUACAACAGAAAUUUUGUCAAACAUGUGGAUGGCGGUAAAGGAACACCGAAGAGGCCAAAAAAUAGCAUUGAUGGGUUUUUGUUUGCAAUGUUCAAUAAAAAUCAGAAACCAGGUGGAACUGAACAGAACUUUGGGUUGUACUAUCAUAUGGAUAUGAAGCCAAUAUACAAAUUGUUUUGA